AAACAGGGCAUCGCCACCGAGCCAUUUCAGAGCAACGAGAAUGGUCGGACCACUGGUUCGUGCUCUCUGGUCCACCACCAGAAAAUCCAUCUCCGCCUCCUCCUCCUCCUCCCCCUCCUCAUAUCUCAAACCUUUCCUACAUGCACGCGCCGCCGGCAUCUCACGCUCCUUCUCCGUCGCCACCGCUACCGCUGCUUCCAACUCAGCUGCUCCUGGCGGCGCACUGGAUCCUAGCCGCCUCCGCAACGUAGCGGUGAUUGCCCAUGUCGACCAUGGCAAAACUACUCUUAUGGAUCGUCUCCUACGCCAGUGCGGCGCCGACAUCCCACAUGAACGUGCGCUUGACUCUAAUCAGCUUGAGAAGGAGCGUGGCAUCACCAUCGCUUCCAAGAUCACGUCAAUUUCAUGGAAAGAAAAUGAGCUGAACAUGGUUGAUACACCUGGACAUGCAGAUUUUGGUGGUGAGGUUGAGCGGGUUGUUGGUAUGGUUGAGGGAGCAAUUUUAGUCGUGGAUGCUGGUGAAGGGCCUCUUGCACAGACAAAGUUUGUUCUAGCUAAAGCCUUAAGAUAUGGGCUAAGACCUAUUCUACUUCUAAACAAAGUAGAUAGACCUUCAGUUAGUGAGGAGAGGUGUGAUGAAGUUGAGAGCUUGGUAUUCGACCUCUUUGCAAACCUUGGCGCAUCAGAGGAGCAACUUGACUUCCCGGUUCUAUAUGCUUCUGCUAAAGAAGGCUGGGCUUCGUCAACAUUCACCAAGAAUCCUCCAGAUGAUACCAAGAAUAUGUCACAGUUGCUUGAUGCAAUAGUAAAAUAUGUUCCCCCACCAACGGCGAACCUUGAUGAACCUUUCCAAAUGCUGGUUUCUAUGAUGGCAAAAGAUGAUUAUGUGGGAAGAAUCUUGACUGGGCGUAUUACAUCUGGUGUUGUUCGUAUCAAUGACAGGGUUCAUGGACUACAUAGCACAGAUUCUGGGGUCGUCAAAAUUGAAGAUGGAAAAGUUGUGAAGCUAAGGAAAAACAGAGGGAUGAUCUCGUAUGAUGUUGAUUGUGCCGGUGCUGGUGAUAUAAUAUCAAUGGCAGGGUUGAAGAGUCCAUCAAUUGGGCACACAGUAGCAAAUGUGGAGGUCAUGACCGCCUUGCCCACUGUUGAGCUUGAUCCUCCAACCAUUUCGAUGACUUUUGGUGUGAAUGACUCUCCACUGGCUGGUCUUGAUGGUUCUCAAUUAACUGGAGGAAAAAUUGGUGAUCGCCUAUUGGCUGAAGCAGAAACAAAUUUAGCCAUAAAUGUAAUCCCUGGUUUAGCAGAAUCAUAUGAGGUUCAAGGCAGGGGAGAACUUCAAUUAGGUAUCUUGCUCGAGAAUAUGAGGCGUGAAAAUUUUGAACUUUCUGUUUCUCCGCCAAAAGUUAUGUACAAAUUUGAGAAUGGUGUGAAGCUAGAGCCGAUUGAGGAAGUAACUAUUGAGGUGAAUGAAGAGCAUGUGGGGUUGGUAAUGGAAGCACUUUCUCACAGACGAGCUGAGGUUACCGACAUGGGACCCGUCCCAGGAAACUUUGGCAGGAGUAGAAUGACCUUAACGUGUCCUUCAAGGUUAGUGAUCAUUUUUUGUUAAUUCCCUCAUUUUGUGUAUGGUCUUGUUUUCACUAAUGUGGUUGAAGUAAUAUGGUUUCCAACAAUCAUAAAAUCUUGCAGCCAAACAACAGUGACAAUAAUAAGAAAAGGUUAUCACUUGUAACAACCUGUCCCGCAUGGAUAGUAAAGUAGAUAUGUGAGGUUCUUAUAAGUUCAAAGUUGUGGGAUACCAAUAACUUCAACCAUGUUUUUGAGUUGAAUUGGAGUUAUUGGGCCGUGCUGCAGCUUUGGGCUAUUGGGGCGUUCUUAGUUACUUUAGAAAAGGCUGUUUGCUUCUACAUUUAGUAUUCAAUAGAUUGAACUCCAACGCCAAACAUCAUAUACAAUUAUGCAUAAAAAUUGAAGAUAUUUCAAUAGCAAGAGAAACAAGAGAAAUACCUUGGGACGGAUGUAAAGCCAAACAAAUAGCUUCUGCUCCAAGAACAGAGGACAAGGUAUGAAUAGUUCCUUGAUUUGGAUUAAGGGAUUCUUGAAUCCUUGCCUUGGAAUAGGAAUAAAUGUAAGAAAACGGAUUGACAUUUCGAUCAGUGAGUUAUUACGCACUCUUUCAAGGGUGGCUGCUUCUAGGCAAACCUCCUGGCUGUCUCUGCACCCCUACCUCCACCUCGUUUACACGCACGCCGAUGUUUUUCACGGGAGUCCAUCAUCUACGAGAAUUUUUAUGAAAGCCUUUCAUUUGUGGAUUUUCCUUCCUUUUGCCGCAUUUCGCUCAAAGGGUUGAAGGGAGAUAGUGCAUCAAGCUGUUUGCAAGGGAGGAAGACAUUUUUUUUUCAAUAUUCUUUGAUUUCAAAGAUGCAUUAUCAAUCAUGUAAAAUUACUCAAUUACAAGUCGUACAUAGACUACUUGGAAUGAUUAAGGAACCGAAAAACAUCAGUCAUGAUCAAACCUGAAAUUUGUACCGACAUGUCCGCUGAAAUCUUAUCAGUUAUUCCAUUAGUAACCAUUAGAAACUAUGUGUCAGCAUAUUAGUGACGUUUCACUUAACCUUUAUUGUCUUGUCAUUUUGUUAUAUUGGUAAUUUCCCUUAUACAAACACGAUUAACCUACUCAUACACUCCUUCUCACGCCAACAACCACCCCUCCUACUGUUACAGUCCUGUCGGUAUGAGGUAGUCAGAAUCUGAUUUCUGAUGAAAGAAUUCACUUGCAUGGAAACUCUAUAUAUAAAAUUUAAAACAAAGGAAGUCAGAAUCUGAUUUC